GACAAAUGGCGCAAAUUGUGAAAAAAAUAAGCAUUUGCUCAUGAUCGUUUGCUUUUGUUACUUUGUAGAAUUUUAAGGCGAAUACUUUUGCAACAAAAUGUAGUAUUUUAGACUCACCGUUCAAUCAUGCCAGUGAUCAAGGUACGGGGAGUCGAAAUUGAUUUCCCGUACAAGCCUUACGACUGCCAAGUAAACUACAUGAGCAAAGUUAUUGAAUGUUUGCAAGAGGGUAAAAAUGGUAUCUUAGAAUCACCAACAGGAACUGGAAAGACAUUAUGUUUACUUUGUGCAACACUGGCCUGGAGAGACACAUUUGUGGCUCGCUUGCAACUGAGUAUGAAGGUUCAAGAAAAUAAAGCAAGUGGCCAGUUUUGUGAUGAUUUAGAAAGAAACCUUGGGCAUGCUGCUGAUGGCUGGAUGUCAGAAGAAAGUGAAGCUCCCGAGUAUUCAGUACCAAAAAUCAUCUACACAUCAAGAACCCAUUCACAACUUACACAAGUCGUAAAUGAGCUGAAGAAUACAGUUUACAAACCCAAAGUAUGCGUGCUAGGUUCACGUGACCAGCUGUGCAUUCAUCCCCAGGUUCUUGAACAAGAAACGCACACGGCCAAGAGGCAUUUGUGCCGUACGAAAGUGUUAUCAAAGACGUGUCAUUACUAUAAUAUGCUUGAACGAGAUGAUUCCUGUACAAAAGAGUUGGCAUCGGAGAUUUUGGAUAUUGAGGAUCUUGUUGGACUUGGGAAGAAAGAAAGUCGCUGUCCUUACUUCAUGUCACGAAAACAAAGGAAAAACGCUGACAUUGUAUUCAUGCCGUAUAAUUAUUUAAUCGACGCAAAGUCAAGACAAUCAAACGACAUUGAUAUUUCAAAGAGUAUUAUCAUCUUCGACGAAGCACACAAUAUUGAACAAAUCUGUGAAGCAGCGAUGUCUUUCGAUCUUACCUCGUUUGACAUCGCGAGCUGCAUUGAAGACCUAGACAAGUGUUUGGACACUUUGGCAACCAUGGAGGAAGACGGAACGCUCUCCUUAGUCGAUGACGCUGGAAAUAAAAAUGAUGGAGAUUUGGAUAAGCAGGAAGUCGCAUACAUGAAAGGCUUGGUCUUGAAGCUAGAGGAAGAAUUGCAUACUGUAACGUCUUCAUCAUCCAAAGGAAUUACGCAUCCCGGCAGUUACAUUUUCGAACUUCUUGCCAAAGUCAAAAUCACUCGUGAAACACACAGCCAAGUGGUCGAACUAAUCGAGAAAGUCGUUUCAUUUUCCGUUGCAAAUCAAACUGGUGGUGCAAGACAAAGACAAUUUCACUUAAGCAAGUUCGCGGACGCCUUGAAAGUAGUUUUUCGGAACGGCGAUGCAUUAGGUUCGAGCAAAAAAGAGGAAAGAAGUCGUUCUUAUAAGGUUCAUGUUCAACAGCAAACGAAUGAUGAUUGGAAGAGGAAGCAACUGGAUGUUUGGUCAACCAGCAAGGCAGCUGGCGGCGACAAAGGCUAUUCCCUGGGAUACUGGUGCUUCUCUCCAGGAGAGACAAUGAAAGAUUUGAUGAAACACGAAGUGAGAUGUAUGAUUUUGACCAGUGGAACACUUUCACCUUUAGACUCUUUUAAAUCCGAGCUUCAAAUCGAUAUACCAGUGGAACUUCAAAAUCCACAUGUCAUCAAGAAACAUCAGAUGUUCGUUGGAAUCCUUAAAACAGGACCCGACUCGGCAGUCCUAAAUUCUUCGUACAAAAACAGGAACAACGUGAAGUACUUAACAAGUCUGGGGAUUGCAAUAGUAAAUUUUGCACAGGUCGUUCCUGAUGGAAUGUUGGUGUUUUUCCCAUCCUAUGGAACUCUUGAUACUGCAUUGAAACAUUGGCAGAGUUCUGGUCUAUGGAACCGACUUGAGACAAGAAAAACUAUUUUUGUUGAACCGAGACGAAAAAACGAAUUUACAGAGGCAAUGGAAGGAUUUUAUGAAAAAGUUCGCAAUCCAGAGAACAAGGGUGCUGUGUUUCUUGCCGUUUGCCGAGGAAAGGUCAGCGAAGGUGUCGAUUUUAGUGAUAUCAACGGUCGUGCUGUCGUCAUAACUGGAUUACCUUAUCCACCGGCUUUUGAUCCAAAGGUGGAAUUGAAAAAACAAUUCCUGAAUGAGGUGGUAAACAAAAGAGAAUUUAAGGGAUUAAAUGGUCAACAAUGGUAUGGUCAGCAGGCAUCUCGGGCUGUCAAUCAAGCCAUCGGUCGUGUAUUACGUCAUAAAGAAGAUUAUGGAGCCAUACUCUUUUGUGACGAGAGGUUCUGCCAAGAAAGAACAAAAGCGGAACUGCCAAAAUGGAUGAAGCCGUAUAUUUGUACAUAUCCGAAGUUUGGGGACCUUCAGAGGGAGUUACGGAACUUUUUCAGACGAGCAACAGAAUUAUGUGAUUCGAGCUGUAUGAAAGUAACCAAGGUAACUCGAGAAGAAACUCUGGGAUGUUCUGAUGAAUCGAAACAGAGCGACACUUAUAAUCAAAAGCCCUUAGGAAGUUCCUCCAGUGUUAAUAAGUGUGUCGCAAGCUGCACCAGGGUUAAGAAUCCUACACAGGGCGAAGUUGUAAGCAAUUGUAAUGGGAAAAAACAGGGUGAAACGUCUGGAAACUCCUGGCUGCUUGACGCUAUGGGUAUGUCUGUGGCAUCUUUCACUGAAGGGGACAGAAACGAGGUUGCGAACAAGCAAAAAGAUCGACAGCAGUCAUCGAAUCAUGGUCUCUUGGACACUUUAGAUGCUCACGAGGCAAAAAUGAAGACGAAUCUUGCUCAGAAAAAGCUAAAGACCUGCUCUAAAUCCAAUUCAUAUAGUCCUGUUGUGGAGGAACCGAAGCAUACAGCUGUUAAUAAGAAGAAACUAAAAAUUACUCGUCCUGAGUCAGAGCCUCAAACGGUUGAAGCGGAGAAGGAAAAAGCACCUGCCAAAAGCAAAGACCAAGUUGUCAAAGCAUUCCUCACAAAGGUUUGUAAAAGGAAACGCUUUACGAAGUUCUUGGGGCAGAGAAGUAUAAAGAAGUGA